GGAAUCGAGUAGAGUCCUCUGGUUUUUCUGAGGCCUGUGCUCUUUGAGGGCCAUAGCUUGGGACCCUUUGAACCCUAAUCUCCACCGAAACCCAUUUUCUGGGAAAAUUUUCCGGACAAGAAAAAGAGAAGAGGAAAAUGCAGAAUCAUAGGCUGAAGCAGCAGCAGCAGCAACAACAACAGGCUCUGAUGCAGCAAGCACUUCUCCAACAACAGUCUCUCUACCACCCUGGCCUCCUUGCUCCUCCUCAGAUUGAACCAAUUCCAAGUGGAAAUCUGCCUCCUGGUUUUGAUCCAAGUACUUGCCGCAGUGUGUAUGUUGGGAACAUCCAUACACAGGUAACUGAACCUCUUUUGCAAGAAGUUUUUGCUGGUACUGGCCCAGUUGAAGGUUGUAAACUUAUCAGAAAGGAGAAGUCAUCCUAUGGAUUUAUUCAUUACUUUGAUCGCAGAUCUGCUGCUCUUGCCAUAUUAUCUCUUAAUGGAAGGCAUCUAUUUGGCCAGCCUAUCAAAGUUAAUUGGGCAUAUGCCAGUGGCCAGCGAGAGGACACAUCAGGUCAUUACAAUAUUUUUGUUGGUGAUCUAAGUCCUGAGGUCACUGAUGCUACACUGUUUGCAUGCUUUUCUGUCUACACCAGUUGUUCAGAUGCAAGGGUUAUGUGGGAUCAGAAGACUGGGCGUUCAAGAGGAUUUGGAUUUGUUUCAUUCCGCAGUCAACAGGAUGCACAAAACGCUAUAAAUGAUUUGACUGGUAAAUGGCUUGGAAGUAGACAAAUACGUUGUAACUGGGCAACUAAAGGUGCUGGUGGUAUAGAAGAGANAAGAAGCCAGCUAGAAAAUCUAAAUCCUAUUUUUGGAUCAUUGAUAUUUUAG